CGCCCUCGAUCGACAGCACCCUUUCCUAGCUAGAACCCUAGCAGUAGAUCGGGCAGCCGCCGACCGGGAUGGAGGGGCUCGACGUCGACGACGUCUUCCACCACUACCGGCUGAGCCCUACGGAAGUGGACGCCGUCACCUACUACCUACCACGCCUCCUCUCCGGCGAGACGCUGCACGGCGUCGACAAGCUCAUCCACCGCGCCAACAUCUCCGGCUGCGAGCCCAAGGAUCUGGCCGCCCGGUACGCGCCCGUGCCGCAGGCCGUGAGCAGCGGCGACCGGUUCUUCUUCACCACGUGCAAGAGCAAGAACGGGAGCAAGUACCAGAGCGUGCGCGGCGCCGGCACCGGCACGUGGACCAUCCAGAAGACCACGGAGAUUUGCCACGCGGGAGUCAAGGUCGGCGAGGUCAAGAACCUGUCCUUCAAGAAGAAGGGCAAGUCCACGGGCUGGGUCAUGGAGGAGUACCGGUGCCUGCUGCCGGAGGCCACCGUCAGCGACGGGGUGAAGGUCUUCUGCAAGAUGCACUUGGCUCAGCAUGCCCCUGACGCGGCCCGACAGGAAUCGGAGGCGUACAAGCUUCAACAACCGCAACCGGAGGCCGUGACCCAGAGCACGCACGCGCAGAAGAGGCCAGCGACCGCUGCCGCCGCCGAGCCUCAUCCGGCGAGCCCCAAGAAGAGGAUGCGCGGUGCCGUCCCGGUCCCGGCACCUGCCACAUCGUCGUUCACCGCUGCAGCACCGGUUUUCUUGCCGGAUGAAUACGUACGUGAAGCUGCUGAAGCUGACGACGACAUGGCCCGGUUUCUGUUGCACCAAUCAAGCAGAAGAGUCGACGACGACAAGUCAUCCCUUGCCAAGACGGGCGGACUUUACAAGCCGCCGCCGCCGAUCAUCUUCCAUGAUACAUUUGAAGCAGCAUGGAAGGCCGAAGAGGCGCUGGAGAAGGAGAAGAGGUGCAAUGCCGCGGCCAAUCUUCACGCUGGAGGGCACAGCAACUUCUUCUCGCCUGCAAGUGUCUACUAA